GAAACCUAGCAUCGUUUGUGAAUGUGUUAACCAAGCACCAAGAGAAGAUUUAUCACUUCAGAUUUCAAGACAUUCUGUGCCAUGCAACACCACUGAAAUGCUACCGCCUCUGCCACAGAGCUGGCACAUAGCUGCCACCCAUAGCAAGCAGCAUUCACUGUGCUCUAGGACCCUGCUCAGAAGAGUUUGAGUCUUGGAUAGCUGAAUGAAAAGAAAAAAUGUGAUCUACAAGGUCAAACACAGAGAGAAGAAUAUGAGAUGACACAUUUCAUCUCUUCUGAAUAAAUGAAGAAAGUGACUAUGAAAGCACAGCAUCUUCCUUCUGUUGCCAUUAAUGAGGAGAAGUUUAUAACCAGAGAGCAGCUCCAUUCUCUUCUGAAGGUCUAUAACUCUUACUAUUCUGAUCAAGAAAAUCUGCAGUUGUCAUAUGAUCAGCGAGAAGGAAGUAAACCAUUUAUUGAAGGAAUCUUAUCAAUAUUUUGGGGAGUUCGACAUCCUAUCCGCUUAAAAAUUCAAGAUGAGAAGCAGAUACCCUCUUUUGUAACACUGAAGUCAACAGAGAAUGUGGGCUUGUUCCCCAGUAAAAGGGGAAUGACACGAUGGGGAGAAUUUGAUGAUCUGCAUCAUAUUAGCGGAGAGACAUUGAAAUCUACUGAAGAGAAGCUGAACUCUGAGAAAAGUUAUUCAUAUUACGAAAGCAACACACUGAAGUCCAAGAGCGAGCAGGAACAUGACUGUGCUACUCUGCCCAGGGCGGUCAGCAGUGCUGCAGCUGUAAGGAAGAGGACCAAAUUCCCCAUGAUUGCUAGAACAGAAGUAGAAACUCACAGAUUUUCUAUCAAUGGCCACUUCUACAACUAUGAGACAUCAGUUUUCACUCCAGCUUCUGGAUCAGAAACCAAGAUAAGAAUUAACAGCCAUAUGAGAACAAGAGAAGUAAUAGAACAAUUGCUUCGAAAGUUCAAGAUAGAAAACAGUCCCCAUGAAUUUGCACUUUAUAUUAUCCAUGUGUCUGGAGAAAAGAAGCAGCUGAGAAGUGGAGACAUUCCCUUGCUGCACAGACUCCUGCAGGGGCCAUCAGAGAAGGUUGCCAAGUUUUUUCUCAUGGACAGGGAUGUGGAAGAGGUCAGCAGCGAUGUUGCUCAAUAUAUUCAAUUUCAUCUCCCCUUUUUGGAAUCAAUUCUGCACAGAAUAAACAAAGAAGAAGAACAGGAGAUUCAACAGACAAUUGCAAAAUACCUUAAAGAGAAGCGUGUGAUAUGCCAGCACCUUCAAAAUCGAACUUUUAAAAAAACAGAGACUACUGUUUGAUGUGAUUUGGCAUAUUGCAACUACCACCCACUGCCUUUGGCAAAGGAAAGUCUGUGUUUUCUUGAAUGUGCCAUCACUGAAGAGCACUUAGAGCACAAAGGUGUGCAAAGUGCUUCUUUUGACAAUUAUGCAACUGAAACUGUACACACUCCACUAUGGCUCUGGAAUGCAAGUUGGGGACCACCUAAGAAGAUGGACUAAAUCAUCCAAAAGACAAAGUCUGAAUCUAACUUGAAACUUCAGAUUGGGAAAAGUCCUGUUCUGAAAAGCAAAGGCUUUAAAAUCUUCUAAUUUCCAAACCAUUACCAAGAGUCUGGUAUACAGGAAAAUGUUGCAAUAACCAGUGUGCUAAUCGUGCCAAAAAUAAGAAAAGAAAGUAUAUGACUUUCCUUCUGUUAGAAAAAAUGAUAGAUUUUAUUAGGAGGAAGCUUUUCUGUAGAGUUAAGUGGCAAAAGGUAUUUAUGUAUCUAAGAUUGCAGUUAGGCAUUUCACAUAGCUUACAAAAAUACCUACAUAAGAGAGACCUGAAAGCCUAGUGGCUUCCAAUUGGUAGGUAAGUAACUCAUAUAACCUUUGAGUCAAAGUUUGAAGAAUAUAAAUUCAAAGUCCACCAUCUUCAUGGCUACUCAGCUCUUAACUGUAUGAGCAAAAGUAUCUCUGACACUUAUUUUAAGCUGCAAAGAAUCCUCACAAAGUAUUGUGGCAUUUGCUUGACUGGGUGCUAGAAGGCAUCCCAUGUUUUCAUUGAGACGUAUUAUUCCAUGUUACUUUCUCUGUUUCCUAUUUGAAGAAGGAAAGGAAAAGUGUUUAGUGAGAGGCUGACAUCAAAACUCUUACAGGAUGGGGUUGGCAUCCUUCUGCAGAUGCAGUUUUUGGACAGUCUGACAGUUGCACAGUGUACAGCAUUCCUCUAUCAGAUCCUAUGUGGUUCAAUCGUGCUGAAUAGUAAAAUUCAAAUUGUAGAGAUGUAAAUAAAAUGUGCACAAUUAAGCGCCCUCCUGAAGUACCUUCUUUUUAAUGUGAUGUCUGUGUUUUCUACCAGCAGUGUGUUUGGCUUCUGCACAUAACAGGAUGUAUGUGCUGAGAGGGAGGGAAUUGGUUACAGAAAAUGAUAUCUAGAAAUCACGUGGAAUAAAUCAAGUGUGAAAAGCUGUACUCCCUGUGAGGUGACACUACUUGAAUGGUAACUAAAAAAUGAGAAGUCAUUGUGCUAAUUAAACUAUUUUGCUUGGGGCAGGUGCUUAUUUUAAUGUGCAAUCUAUUAUAAUCUUACAGAGGAAAUUAUUGUGGGCAUGGGAGCGCAGAGGGGAGAAAUAAAAACAAUUCGGUAGUCAAGCAAGAUGCAUGGCAUUUGUAACAGUUGCCUUGGGUGUGCCAAUGUCAGUUCAUUGAUGCAUGCAAAUGUCUCUGAAAUUUCACAGGUGAACCAUUCAUACAUUGAUUGGCCAAGUGUUUAGGAGAUAGGAAACUCACCAUGAAACAUUACAGGUUGGGCUUGUAAGGUCAAAUUUCAGUGAAGUUUAAGUAGUUAGUCAAUGGUCAUGUCUUGUUCUUGUCCAAAGCCAAGAUGUUGUCAGCUUGAACCAAAUCAAGCACUGUCAUUUUUUGUUCAGCUGCAGACAGGUAUAUUUUGGCAACAGCUGGCCAUACUGAGACACUAGAAACUAUGCUAAAGUAUGGGAACAGACUCAUAUCGGAUUGUAUUUCUUGCUUUGUUCUGCCUAAAUUACUCUAAGGAGCAAAUCAGAACUGAAACACAGAACAAUAUGCAGAUAGCUCAAACUUAUGAGCAGGGAGAAAAUCUAGCAUGCACUCAAAAAACUGCAAGUGCUGUAGGGCUGUCUGCUGCCUUGCUGCAUCUUCUCAUUGUUUUAACCAGAAAGAUGUAUUUAAGGUAUUUUUGUGUAGGUAGCCUAUUUCUGUUGUGCUCCACUUGGUAAAUGCUUGUGGUUGUAUGAAUGUGCAGUAUGAAAGUAAUGGAGCGUGGUACAGUCAUAAUUCUUUGGUCUGAGAUUUGAAAAACUAGAAAGAAAGAUAGUGCCAGUGCACUGAGCAUGUGGAAAAGUGUUUGCAAAGCAGAUUGUCCAAUCCUGUGUGUUCCUAAAUUGAGUCAUUUUUUGCCAUCGUCUGAUAUUAAACACUUGGAUCCCGUUGAAUUCACUUGUCUUGUUGAAUUAGGACUAAAUGGUACUGGAAAACUAACAAUGCACAAAUACAAAUGUAGGUUGCCGGAUUUAAAGCACUAGUGAAAUAAAUCUGCUCUGUUACA